UUAUCAGUUAUCACAAAUGUUAUCUUUUGCCGCCGUUAUCACAUCGCAGUUCUCCCCCGGUUAUCAAAUAAAUUGUUAUAAUUUUUCGCGCGCGCGCAUAUGACAACAUGCAUAACGACCUCUUUAUUAUUUUAACAACGUAUAGUUCCCUCUUAAAUAUACAAAAAUAUAACCCAACCUUGAUACGAUCUGCUUUACCGUUCACCAGGAUGUCGCACACUAAUGAUAUUAAAAUGGCCAUUAGUGAAUAACACACAUUAAUAACUUUUGUAUAUAAAAUGUCGUGUUCGCUCGUGGCGCAGACUCAUAAUGGCCACAAUGGAUAUUUAUAUUGAAAGACACUUUCGACAUUAGGUAUCCUUAUUCAAUUAAAUAUACUGCACACUGCAAAACCAUUUAUAUUGAUAGACGUAUUCACUAUAAGAGACAUUAAGUAGGCAUAUUUACAAUAAUAGGUAUCUUAUCCGCAUUCAAUUAAAUAUUCACACACAACCUGGUCAUUAGUGAUUGAAAGACAUUUCCUGCCAAAUGGCAGUAAUAAUCACAAAUAAAUGUCUUCUUAAUGUACCCUACCGGUCGCCAGGAUGUCGCGGACUCAUAAUGUAUAUCCCUAUUCAAUUCAUCGAUAAACAAUUAAGAACAUACGUCGCCAGGAUGCGAGUGUGCCCGGCCGGUCGACAGGAUGUCGCGGACUCAUAAUGUAUAUCCCUAUUCAAUUCUUCGAUAAACAAUUAAGAACGUACCUCGCCCCGCCAUUAGAAUACUAUCUUUUUUUUUUGUAAAUUCUGAAGAGAGUCAACAGUUCUUCAGUCCGUUUUAAACCGUUGUACACGUAUUUUUCGCUCUCUAAGUCUUUAAAAUAUUAUUUCACUGUUUAUUUUUUUUGUUCAAAACUGUGUGUUUUACAUAAUUUAAAAAUGUUUGACAUAGUAAUGUUAUUCGUAUAUUAUUUCGUAAACCCACUUCGGAGUCGUGCUGCAGAUGAAGACAACCGCGUUUUGUCCCGUGAUGACUUGAUGAGGAUAAACGGAGAAGGUUUUCAGGAUGAUGAGAUAAAUAAUACCACAAUUGACAAUAAUACUACAGUUGAUAACGCUAUUGAAAAUAAUACUCAAUUUAAUCAUAUUUCAUUACGUGAGCUUUAUGCGGAAUAUUUGGUGGUGCGGGACCGUAACAUAGGGUUGAGUGAAUGGGCAACACAUGCGGGAUUAAUUUCAAGAGAAUUAAAUUUAGAGUUUAGUGUAUUGGGAUUGGUAAUGGUUGAUAAUUUUAUGGAUAAUUCAAUUCCCAUGGAUGAAUUCAUAAUACAGAUAUCACAUCAGGACUUAUUGUUUAUGAUUGGAAGAAUCACUCGUCUCCAUACACAACACUACAUAUUUAUGCAAAUACUAUACAGAGGUCGGAGAAUAACACAAAUGGAAAGAAUGGGUGAAAUCAACUCAGAAGAUGCUAGAAAUAGCCGAUUUGAUUGGAAGAUGGUUACAGUUAUGAUUUUAUCAUUUUAUGACUUGACGGGUGAUACAUUCGAAUUUAUGUUAGAGAGAUUAGAAAAUAAAAUUAUGUUAUAA